GGCCUACAUCGUAGAACCUUUAACACCCGAGAUAUCCUCGUUAGUGUCUGUGUGUGUUUAUAUAUUUGUGUUGUCCAUUACUCUUGGGAAGCCAACUAAAAGCAACUGCCUAACUUCUCUCUCUAUCCGCCCCCCAUCCAACAAAUUACAAACCAACACACUACAACCAAAAACAGCAACAACAUCAGUUCAACUUGACCAUGCAAAUCCACUGUCUAGUCCCAAAACCAGAAAAUAGCAGCAGUGUCUCCAUGGCAGAUCUGUCUAAUGUGUCAGAACCCUGUAACACAUUGGAACCCAAUCACACGCCUGUCCUUGCUUACCCUGUUCAGGCCAAUUCACAAUCCCUUGUACAACAGACCUUAUACUCCAUUACUUUAAAGUUUCAAGAGGUGAUUUACAAAGUUAGAUUGGAGCAGACAGGAUUAUGUUGUGGUGGGAUAUCAAGCUCUGUGGAGAAGACGAUACUAAACGGGGUGACGGGUAUGGUUUUUCCAGGGGAGAUACUAGCGAUGCUUGGCCCCUCAGGCAGUGGAAAAACCACUCUCCUUACAGCCCUUGGAGGUCGUCUUACCGGUAAGCUAUCGGGCAAGAUCACAUACAACGGUCAGCCUUUUUCUGGUUCCAUCAAACGCAGAACAGGGUUUGUCGCACAAUAUGAUGUCUUGUACCCUCAUCUCACUGUAACCGAAACUCUCCUAUUCACUGCACUGCUAAGGCUACCCAGUACCUUGACCAGAGAUGAAAAAGUUCAGCAUGUGGAGCGAGUUAUCUCCGAGUUGGGAUUAACUCGGUGCCAGAACAGCAUGAUAGGAGGGCCAUUGUUUAGAGGGAUAUCAGGCGGGGAGAAGAAGAGGGUGAGCAUAGGCCAAGAAAUGCUAAUUAACCCAAGCUUACUAUUGCUAGAUGAACCGACCUCAGGUUUGGACUCAACCACGGCUCAGCGGAUCCUGACCACAAUCAAACGCCUUGCUAGUGAGGGUAGAACUGUGAUCACCACAAUUCACCAACCCUCAAGCCGACUAUACCACAUGUUUGAUAAGGUAGUCUUGCUCUCCGAAGGCUACCCCAUCUACUACGGCCUUGCAUCAACUGCUUUGGAAUACUUUUCCUCAAUUGGUUUUUCCACAUCCAUCACAAUCAAUCCGGCUGAUCUCUUGCUUGACCUUGCCAAUGGAAUUGGACCUGUUGACAAGCAUACAAUUGAGCAAGGAGAUAGUACAGAACAAGAGCAGAAGUUAGUGAGGGAUGUUCUCAUCUCUGCUUAUGACAAGAACAUUUCCCCCAGAUUGAAAGCCGAAUUAUGCAGUUUGGAAGUCAAUAACUACAAUUACACAAAAGAUGCAUCCCCUAGAAAAAAUGUGAAGUCAGAGCAAUGGUGUACAAGUUGGUGGCAUCAAUUCAAGGUGCUGAUUAUGAGGGGGCUGAGGGAGCGGAGAUAUGAAGCCUUCAACAAGCUAAGAAUCUUCCAAGUCAUAAGUGUUGCUAUACUUGGUGGACUCCUUUGGUGGCACACGCCGACAUCCCACAUUGAAGAUCGUAUUGCCAUGCUUUUCUUCUUCUCCGUGUUCUGGGGCUUCUACCCUUUAUACAAUGCUGUUUUCACAUUUCCCCAAGAAAGAUCUAUGCUAAUGAAGGAACGUUCAUCUGGAAUGUAUCGCCUCUCCUCCUACUUCUUAGCCAGAACCUUUGGAGACUUGCCACUGGAGCUCGCACUUCCAACUGCAUUUACCUUCAUAAUCUAUUGGAUGGGUGGGCUCAAGCCCAAUCCUGUCACUUUCAUCCUUUCCCUUCUUGUUGUCCUUUACAAUGUCCUUGUUGCACAAAGUCUUGGUUUAGCUAUUGGUGCAAUACUCAUGGAUGUUAAACAAGCCACUACUUUAGCCUCAGUUACAACCCUUGUCUUCCUCAUUGCUGGGGGGUAUUAUAUUCAACAAAUCCCUCCUUUCAUAGUCUGGUUAAAGUACUUGAGCUACAGCUACUAUUGUUACAAGCUCCUUCUCGGGGUUCAGUACACCGAGGAUGAUUAUUACGAGUGCACAAAAGGAGUCUAUUGCCGGGUUGCAGAUUUUCCUGCUGUCAGAUCAGUUGGUCUGAACAAUUUGUGGAUAGAUGUGUUCAUAAUGGCCCUGAUGUUGGUGGCUUAUCGGCUUGUUGCUUAUCUAGCCUUGCACCGUGUGCGGUGAAGUAAGAUUUGCAGGGGAGAGGGGAGAGAAGAUGAAGUUUCACAGCUGACAAUUUCGUCAAAGAACACACUAUGAAGAGUUUUCUAUUUCUUCAACUGAGGAAUAAUGUUAGAUUUAGACGAAAAUCAUGUUGCCAGUUUUGAUUCCCAACUAGUUAUGUACCACCCUUUGGGUGAUAGUCAAGAUAAUACUAACUGGGAUAUUUUACUUCCCUUCAGACUUCAGAAUAAUUUUAUGACAUUAUUAUUUGGUCAA